AUGAACACCGACAAGGGCAGGAGCUCGCUCCGCAGCCGCGCCAAGGGCCUCUUCUCGCGUGGCCGCGACCUGGCCAAGGGUCUGUACGAAAAUGCCACCUCUUCCCAGGCAGCCGACGGCAGCCACGAAUACGACCCCGGCGCCUUUGGAGAGGUGCGCGAGCUGUGGGUCCAGCGGCACAUGGCGCUGCGGCGCGACGACUACACGACCCGCCGGCCGCUCACGUUUGGCGUCUCCACCUGGAACGUCGGCGGCAAGCGCCCGCCUCCCGCCACUUCGUCGGGCCUGGUGCCCGAGACGCUCGACCCGUGCUGGCUGCUCCGCGGCGGCGCGGCGGAGCGGCAGUGCGAUGUGCAUGUGGUGGGGCUGCAGGAGGUGGUCGACCUCUCGGCCGGCAACGUCGUCCGCCUCGAGGCUGGCUCGGGCGGCGCGCUCUCCUCUGCCGCGGCGGCGUGGGAGGCGCACGUGACUGCGGCGCUCGGCGCAGACGAGUACGUGCGGCUCGUGGCGCGGCAGCUGGUGGGGAUGCUGCUGCUGGUGUACGUGCGCGCCGACCUGGCGCCCUUUGUCGGCCGCGUCGCCUCGGACGCCGUCGGCACCGGUGCGCUGGGCCUGCUCGGCAACAAGGGCGCGGUCGGCGCCUCGCUCACGCUGCACGCGUCCAGCUUUGCAAUCGUCAACUGCCAUCUGGCGGCGGGCCACUCGCCGGGGGCGGCGGAGGGGCGGAACGGCGAGGAUGGUUGGCGGGCGGUAGGUGGGCUGUCGCUCGAGGACCACGACUACGUCAUCUGGCUCGGCGACCUCAACUACCGCCUCGAGGCGGGCCGCGUCGGCGAACUGCUCGCCGCCGACCAGCUCCGGUCCGCCAUCGGCUCCGGCGCCGCCUUCCAAGGGUACCGCGAGGGCGCCGUCUCCUUUUUGCCGACGUACAAGUACGACCCCGGCUCGGACGAGUACGACUCGUCCGAGAAGCGGCGCGCGCCCGCCUGGUGCGACCGCAUACUGUGGAGGGAGUGCGCGGACGCGGGCGCGGGCGGGCCCUCCUCGCGCGCCUGCCCCGCGGAGCCGUCGUGCUGCCUCGAGUACGGCCGGCGCGACAUCGUCCUCUCUGUCUCGGCGCAGUGGCAGCCAACUUGCAUCGGCGUGAGGCUCGAGUCGCGCGCCCGCGCCGGCGAGCCCAUCCGCGCCUUCUUGCUCCUCGUCUCGACGCUCGACGCUGUGCUGAGCCACGCGCACAACGUGGCGGAGGCGGCGCUCGACGCUGCGGCGCACGGCGGCGCAGGCGCCUGCCACGGGGCGGCGGAGCUGGCUCGCACGAGCGCCGUCGAGAUCGAGACGUGGUUCCGCCACCCGCUUGGCUGGAGCGCCGACGAGAGCGCCGCGAGGGUCGCCGCCGCCUUCGGCGAGGCGGUGCUCGCCACACGAGGGGGGGCGGCCUCCGCCAAAAAGGCGGCGGGCGCGGCGCGCUGGAAGGCCGCCUGGUUCGGACAUCGCGGUCGGUCUGUGUCCGUGGGCCGCGGCCCGCGCAUGGGCCAUGGGCGCGCCGCGGCAUCGUUCGGAUACCUCAGGUCUGUUUGA